AUGCCCCGAAGGAGAGACAACAACCCUAAAGAUGAGGAGGAAUACGAACAAGGGGAUUUCGACGACUUCUAUGAGGUCGAGGGCGAGGGCGAGGAAGAGGAUGAGGAAAUGCGAUGGGACGAGAGCGCCUACGAUGAUGGCCAGACAGCAGAGCAAGGGCAACAGCAAGGAGAGGAAGAAGAAGAGGAAGGCGAGACUGACACCCGAGCAAGACGGAUAAAGCUACCCACAAUAUUUCGACAACCGCGAAACGGAGGAGUCACCGCCCCCUUCGUCUCAAGGCUCAAGCCCGGAGCGCGAGAUCCGAAGAGACACUACAUGCGAUAUGUGCGCAUUCGGCCCCUGUGA